AUGAAUAUACCAUCAAAGUGCACUUGGACAUUGGGUACCAAAGAGAAGAGUCCUCAUUCAACCCUAGAUACAAUGACAAAGCCAAAGAUUUUACCCAACAUCCUGGAACAGAUUGGAAACACUCCGAUGGUUAGGAUCAACAAUAUAUCAAAGACUGCUGGUUUGAAGUGUGAACUAUUGGCCAAGUGUGAAUACUUCAAUGCAGGAGGCUCAGUGAAGGAUCGUAUUGGAUAUCGCAUGGUUGUAGAUGCUGAGAAGAGCGGAAGGAUCAAACCAGGCGAUACUUUGAUUGAACCAACAUCAGGAAACACAGGUAUUGGUUUGGCAUUAGCCGCUGCUAUCAAGGGCUACAAGAUGAUCAUCACGCUACCAGAGAAAAUGUCUCAGGAGAAGGUCGAUGUGUUGAAGGCAUUGGGCGCCACCAUCAUACGUACCCCAACUGAGGCCGCCUUUGACUCGCCAGAGUCCCAUAUCGGUGUGGCCAAGCGUCUCAAUGCCGAGAUACCCAACUCGCACAUCCUUGAUCAGUACUCCAACCCAUCCAAUCCUCUGGCACAUUACGAUGGCACAGCCGAGGAGAUCAUCAGCCAGUGUGACGGUAAGCUCGACAUGGUCGUCUGCACGGCCGGCACAGGUGGAACGAUCAGUGGUAUCGCGCGCAAGAUCAAGGAGCGCUUACCUCAUGUAAAGAUCGUUGGUGUUGACCCAGUGGGCUCAAUCCUCGCCCAGCCCGAGUCACUCAAUGGCAAGAUUACCUCAUACAAGAUUGAGGGCAUUGGCUACGACUUCAUCCCCAUCGUGCUGGAUCGCAGCCUUGUCGACAAAUGGUACAAGUCGGAGGACAAGCCAUCGUUCAUCAUGGCUCGUCGCCUGAUCAAGGAGGAAGGCCUGCUCUGCGGUGGUUCAUCCGGCUCGGCGAUGGUGGCAGCUCUCGAGGCUGCAGCCGAACUUGGCGAGGGCCAGCGCUGUGUCGUGCUGUUACCAGACUCGAUUCGCAACUACAUGUCCAAACAUUUGAACGAUGAUUGGAUAAUGGACAAUGGAUUCGUAGACCCUGUCUAUCCAUCGUACAAAGAUACCGAGGCGGAGAAGUACCACGGCGCAACGGUUGGCGACCUACAUUUGGCCAAGCCAAUCACCGUGACGGCCAACACCACUUGUGCCGCCGCCGUUGAGCUGCUGCAGAAGCAUGGUUUCGACCAACUGCCCGUGCUAUCCGAGUCCAAGAAGUUGGUUGGCAUUGUAACUCUUGGAAAUCUGCUCACACACUCUGCUGCCAAACGAUCACUACCCAAUGACCCUGUCAGCAAGGUGAUGUUCCGGUUCAACAAGCAUGACGCAUUUGUAGCCAUCACUCCCAAGACUUCACUGGCAUCACUCCAAAAGUUCUUUGAGCAACACAGCUCUGCCAUUGUAACUGGUGACGGCGACGAGAUCGUAUCCAUCAUCACCAAGAUCGACCUUCUCACCUACCUCAUGAAGCAGACUUCAGUCCAGAAG